AUUUUAUAGUGGUGGAUGUUGUAGGUACACGUUUAUUCAUUUUAGUUUUGUUUGCGUCGCUGUCUGCUUCUUCUGACACACCAAUUCAGUGCAUUUUUCAGUAGAGAUCAUUGUGAAAUUGUAGGUCGGGAGGAUGACAGCUCGAGUGCAUUGCUCGUUGAUUGCUGUUGUAUUGUGUCUGUUCGGAUACUUGAGCAUAACAGACGCUACUCUAGGUUCGAAAUGCUUUGGGAAGCUGACGGACUUGCUGUCCCAACGAGGAUGUUCUUCUGAUAGAGACUGCUCUGGAGGACACAAAUGUUCUCAAUUUCACUGUGAGCCUGUUUCCAGUGAGUUUCCUGUUUCUUUGAAGCCAGGUCAAUGUCCUGACCCAAAGAACAUUUCAGCAAACAGUGGAAGCUGUGUCCAUGAUGGCCAGUGUUCUGCCACACAGAAAUGUUGCCCAACCACCAGUGGCCAUGCAUGCAGUGAACCAAGCGGCCAGGGCGUGGGCCAGGGAAGCGGCCAGGGCGUGGGCCAGGGAAGCGGCCAGGGCGUGGGCCAGGGAAGCGGCCAGGGCGUGGGCCAGGGAAGCGGCCAGGGCGUGGGCCAGGGAAGCGGCCAGGGCGUGGGCCAGGGAAGCGGCCAGGGAAGCGGCCAGGGCAUGGGCCAGGGCAUGGGCCAGGGCAUGGGCCAAGGAAGCGGCCAGGGCAUGGGCCAGGGCAUGGGCCAGGGCAUGGGCCAAGGAAGCGGCCAGGGCAUGGGCCAGGGCAUGGGCCAGGGCAUGGGCCAGGGCAUGGGCCAGGGCAUGGGCAUGGGCCAAGGGAGCGGCCAGGGCAUGGGCCAAGGGAGCGGCCAGGGCCAGGGCAUGGGCCAGGGCAUGGGCCAGGGCAUGGGCAUGGGCCAAGGGAGCGGCCGGGGCAUGGGCCAGGGCAUGGGUCAAGGGAGCGGCCAGGGCAUGGGCAUGGGCCAGGGCAUGGGUCAAGGGAGCGGCCAGGGCAUGGGCAUGGGCCAGGGCAUGGGCCAAGGGAGCGGCCAGGGCAUGGGUCAAGGCAUGGGCCAGGGCAUGGGUCAGGGCAUGGGCCAGGGCAUGGGCCAGGGCAUGGGUCAGGGCCAGGGCAUGGGCCAGGGCAUGGGUCAGGGCAUGGGCCAGGGCAUGGGGAGCGGCCAGGGCAUGGGCCAGGGCAUGGGCAUGGGUCAAGGGAGCGGCCAGGGCAUGGGCAUGGGUCAAGGGAGCGGCCAGGGCAUGGGCCAAGGCAUGGGUCAAGGAAGCGGCCAGGGCAUGGGCAUGGGUCAAGGAAGCGGCCAGGGCAUGGGCCAGGGCAUGGGUCAAGGGAGCGGCCAGGGCAUGGGCAUGGGUCAAGGGAGCGGCCAGGGCAUGGGCAUGGGUCAAGGGAGCGGCCAGGGCAUGGGCAUGGGUCAAGGAAGCGGCCAGGGCAUGGGCAUGGGCCAAGGAAGCGGCCAGGGCAUGGGCAUGGGCCAAGGAAGCGGCCAGGGCAUGGGCAUGGGCCAAGGAAGCGGCCAGGGCAUGGGCAUGGGCCAAGGAAGCGGCCAGGGCAUGGGCAUGGGCCAAGGAAGCGGCCAGGGCAUGGGCAUGGGCCAAGGAAGCGGCCAGGGCAUGGGCAUGGGCCAAGGAAGCGGCCAGGGCAUGGGCAUGGGCCAAGGAAGCGGCCAGGGUCAGGGCCAAGGAAGCGGUCAGGAAAGCAGUCGGUGAUGUCAUCAGGGAAACUGUGGUCUUUAAUUCUUUCAUAAGAAUUUUGCAUGGCACCUACUGGAAAGCUUUUCAAUUCAGUGCUUUAUUCAUAUGGCAUUUUUCCCUUUUUGCUACUACAGUAUAGAAAUGUUCUCUUCCUCCUUCCCUCAAAUAAAAAGAAAAUUGCUUGAA